UAAGCUCUGUUAGUCUUUAUUUUAUUUUUUCUCUGCUUGUUGGUCCCAGGUUUUCCAAGGGGGACGGGGAAAAAAGCAUCACAGCCCGCCUUAAGUUCUCUGUCGAAAGUCAAGAAUCUCAUCACAGCCCACGCCCUGUGUCGCGCUUGGGAUCUCGCUUUGAAGAGACGCGAUGGCUGCCAAUACGAGGGCAGUUUCGCGCAGUACCCUCCGCUGGGUAUCUGCACCCUCCCUCUUAUCAUCCAGAACCUCAGCGUUGCCGGCCAGGCUAUACUCGUCGAGCACAGCCAGGAAACACAUUUCGUCUUCUCGUUUGUCCUUUUUAUCAUCACCCUCCGUUAUAUCUAGUGACAUUACUGUAAUAUCUUCAAGACUUCCUGCCAUUCAUCAACAACUCCGAAGUUUCCACCCGACCCUCUCUGCGCUUCAGCAAUCACAAACUCCCCCGAAAGAAUCAGAGACGCCGUUCAAAGAAAAAGUCUCGACAGAUUCUGAGUCAAAAGAGGAUGUAAAGAACGGUGAAGGCGAGAAGGACAAGGGUCAAGAGAAAGAGGGUGCCGAGGAAGGAGAGGAAAAUGGUGAAAAGAAGAAGAAGAAACAGAAGGAAGAUCUGCCACCUCCACCCACCCAUGGCGACAAGACGCCUUGGCAGGUUUUCAUGGAGACUAUGCAGACCGAGUUUAAACAGUCCAAAGAGUGGAACGAGUCGACCAAGGCCAUUGCUGCCUCCGCACAACAUAUGGCCGAGAGUGAGUCGGUUCGACGCGCACGUCAGGCUUACGAGGCAACCUCGGGCGCUGUCUCCAAUACGGCCGGGACAGUUUUGAAAGGGACAGCCAGUGCUAUCGGCAAGGGAGCGUCGUGGACUUGGGAGACGCCCGUCAUGAAGGGCGUUCGCAAGGCUGCCAACGUCACUGGCGGAGCACUAGACGAGGCCACAAAGCCGAUACGGGAGACUGAGGCUUACAAAAAUGUCAAGGAUGUUAUCGAUGACGGCAGUAGCUCCAGGUAUGGUGGUUGGGUGGACAAAGAGGAGAGGAGACGUCGCAGGGAGGCUCGUUUGAAGAAGAAUCCAGCCGAAGCCGGUCCGGUCAUGCAGGAGGAUCCUGAAGCCGGUACGAACGUCACCCUCCACAAGGAUGCCGCAUGGAAGGAGGCAUGGCGGGACUUCCGCGACUCCAACAAGUUCGUUCAAGGAGUCUUUGGUAUGAAAGAGGUCUAUCAGGAGUCAGAAAACCCUUUGAUCUCUACUGCCAGGAGCAUUACCGACCGUGUUGCCGGUUUCUUCGCAGAGAACGAGACGGCUAUGGUCAUCAAGAAAUUGCGCCAGAUGGACCCUGCAUUUCAACUAGAGCCCUUCCUAAACGACCUCCGAGAGUACAUACUGCCUGAGGUGCUCGAUGCCUACGUCAAGGGUGAUGUUGAGACGCUCAAGCUGUGGCUUUCAGAGGCGCAGUUUUCUGUGUACGAGGCACUUACGAAGCAGUACCUUCAGAUGGGAAUGAAAUCGGACGGAAAAAUUGUUGACAUUCGCGGCGUGGAUAUUCUUAAGGCCCGACUACUUGAGCCUGGCGACAUUCCUGUCUUCAUCAUCACAUGCAGGACACAGGAGGUCCACGUGUACCGCAAUGCCAAGUCGGGCGAGCUGGCCGCAGGCAUGGAGGACCGUGUUCAGCUUGUCACUUACGCCAUUGGUAUCACUCGCACGCCCGAAGAUGUCAACAACCCGGAGACUAGAGGGUGGCGCCUGAUUGAGAUGCAGAAAAGCGCCCGCGACUACAUCUAGACAGCGUCUUCUUCGUUGCCUGCAUCUUGGAGGCUUGCAUCAUGCGGCCAUUCUUUUUCAGUCACGCUCCUCAAACCUACCAGAACUUCAUCCGAGAGCAUUCGCCGAAGACACCAUAGGCGACUUCUGGGUGGCUAUCUAUGGACAGAGAUAGUGCCAAGAAGCUUGCCACCGCCCGUGGAGCAUCUUCCAUCAACCUGUACUAAUUUACCACUGCACUGGCAGUAACGACUAAAUUACACUGUAUACAAUAUGCACAUAUCAUUUCACGGCUACAGUUUCUUCUUAUCUUGUCGGAGUUCCAAGGCGGCUGGGUUGUAUACUAAGUGUCAGAGAAAAGGGGAGCGUUAGCACGAUAGACAUGACGGGUGUGAGGAGGGUGACUAUUUGUUACCCGAAAAAAACAAUCAAUCACCACUCUUCGCCCAAGCAUCGUGGAGACCGAUUCGCCCUGGUAUAGCAAUAUCCAGGGCCGGUAGACCACCAAUGUAUACUAAAUCACUAUCGAAAGGAGGGGCUUGUAAUCGUAUAAUGCAGCCUCUGAUUCUCCGCGUAGUUUCCAACCUUGAAUAGACUAUAUUGUUGUAUUUUUUCCUGG